UCCAAAACUACUUCGGUGCGCGGAGCUGCCUUGGUUUUUAAAACCAAAUUUAUUUAUCUAAUUUGUAAAGGGGAAGAACCGGAGGCAUUUAUUGGCGCCAAAUGUUAUUGACAGUAUCUCUCAAAUGUUCUGUUUGAUCUCUAACCCUAAUCAAUAAUCCCAAUGCCCAACUCUGUGUGAUUACGGAGACCUUCACUUCCGCAGAGUACAACCAAUGGCGGAGUCUCGGCCCCCUAAGCGCCCCAAAAUAACUAGGGGGGACGAUGAUUAUGUGCCUGGAAAUAUUCUUGAGAUCGAGCUUUGUAAUUUCAUGACAUUUGAUUACUUAAAAUGCAAACCUGGCCCUCGAUUGAAUCUUGUAAUUGGUCCCAAUGGUUCUGGCAAGAGUUCGCUUGUAUGUGCUAUUGCUCUUGGCCUCUGUGGAGAGCCCCAGUUGCUUGGGCGUGCUACAAGUAUUGAGGCAUAUGUCAAGCGGGGAGAAGAAUCUGGCUACAUUAAGAUUACCUUGAGAGGGGACCGUAAAGAGGAACAAAUUACCAUUAUGCGUAAAAUUAAUACUAACAACAAGUCUGAAUGGUUGAUCAAUGGAAAUGUAGUUCCCAGAAAGGAUGUGGCUGAAACCCUUCAAAGGUUUAACAUCCAAGUCAAUAAUUUGACUCAAUUUUUACCGCAAGACAGGGUCUGUGAGUUUGCAAAAUUAACUCCUGUGCAACUUCUGGAAGAGACUGAAAAGGCUGUUGGUGAUCCACAGCUUCCAGCACAACAUCGUGCACUAGUUGAUAAAAGUCGUUCAUUGAAGCAUAUUGCGUUGUCUCUAGAGAAAAAUGAAGGAACUUUAAAACAGUUGAAGGAACAAAAUGCUGAAUUAGAGAAGGAUGUUGAACGUGUUCGACAAAGAGAUGAACUUCUUGCCAAGGCUGAAUCAAUGAGAAAGAAAUUGCCAUGGCUGAAGUAUGAUAUGAAGCAGGCAGAAUAUCGGGAAGCUAAGGAGCGUGAGAAUGAUGCAGCAAAGGCAUUGGAGGAAGCUGCACAGUUAUUAAAUGAUCUUAAAGAACCCAUUCAGAGACAAAAAGAGGAGAAGGGUGCAUUAGAUGCAAAAUGUAAAAAGCUAAGCAACCGUGUAAAUGAGAAUGCCAAGAAGAGAAUGGAACUUAUGGAGAAGGAGAACCAAUUGGAUGUGGAAUUGCGAGGGAAGUACAAAGAUAUGGAAGAGUUGAGGAGGCAGGAAGAAACUCGACAGCAAAGACUUAUAAAAGCUAGGGAGGAACUUGCUGCUGCUGAACUUGACCUUCAAAACUUACCCCCUUAUGUACAUCCUAGGGAUGAGCUUCAAAGACUAAAAGCUGAAAUUGUGGAAUUGGAUUCUUCUGCUAAUCAAUUGAGGCAGAGUAAGUCACAAGCAGAAAAUGAAAUAAAGCGUAAGAAGUCAUCCAUGAUGCAGUGUAAAGAGAGGUUAAUGGAAAUGAAUAAUAAAAGUACAAAGUGUUUGCACGUUUUGCAAAGAUCAGGAGUUGAAAAAAUUUUUGAAGCUUAUAAAUGGGUCCAAGAACAUCGUCAUGAAUUCAAUAAGGAAGUUUAUGGUCCAGUUUUAGUUGAGGUGAAUGUCUCAAAUAGGGUUCAUGCUGCAUAUCUAGAGGGUCAAGUUGCUCAUUAUGCUUGGAAGUCCUUCAUAACACAAGAUUCUGGGGAUCGGGACCUUUUGGUUAAACAACUGCGGUUCUUUGAUGUGCCAGUUUUAAAUUAUACAGGCAAAGAUGGUCAUCAAAGAGAGCCUUUUGAAAUUUCUGAAGAUAUGCAUGCUCUUGGUAUCUACUCCCGGCUGGAUCAAAUUUUUGAUGCUCCUUUUGCUGUCAAGGAGGUUUUGAUCAGCCAGUUUAAUCUAGACCAUUCAUAUAUUGGAUCGAAAGAAACUGAUCAGAAUGCUGAUAAGGUCCCAAAAUUGGGAAUUAUAGAUUUAUGGACACCAGAAAAUCAUUACCACUGGUCCAAGUCUAGAUAUGGGAAUCAUGUCUCAGCAGUUGUUCAACAAGUGGAACGUCCACAACUUUUAUUGAAUAAUUUGAAUGUUGGUGAAAUUGAGAAGCUGAGUUCACAGCAAAGGGAGCUUGAACAAGUCAUUGCUAACUUGGAGCAAAGUGUUCAAAGGUUUCAAGAUGAGGAAAGAAACUUGGUGAAUCAAGCUGCUAAUCUUCGUAAACAGUGGGAGGCAAUUAGUAUUACAGCACAGAAUGAGCAUAAAAAACGUCAAGCAAUCAUUAGCCGCAUUGAUCAAAGGAAAGGUAUAUUAAAAUCAAUGGAGGAACGGGAUGAUAUAGAUACUGAGAUAGCAAAGCUUGUUGAUCAGGCUACAAAAUCUAAUAUUCAGCGAUUUCAUAAUGCAAUGAAAAUUAAGGAUCUUCUUGUCGAAGCUGUGAGUUAUAGACAGAGUUUUGUUGAACAACGUAUGGCUUUCAUUGAAUUCGAGGCCAAGAUUGGAGAAAUGCAGGCCAAUCUGAAGCAACAUGAGAAUUUUGCUCUGCAAGCAUCAUUGCACUUUGAUAACUGUAAGAAAGAGUCUGAGAAUUGUAGACACAAGCUUACAGAUUCCUUGAAGUUUGCAAAAUCAAUUGUUCGGUUGACACCUGAGCUAGAGAAGGAAUUUCUUGAGAUGCCCACAACAAUUGAGGAAUUGGAAGCAGCCAUCCAAGAUACCACUUCUCAAGCAAAUUCAAUUCUUUUUGUCAAUCAUAACAUAUUGGAACAAUAUGAAGAUCGUCAACGACAGAUUGAAGAUCUUGCAGCAAAACUUAAAGCAGACAAGCGGGAAUCUGCACAAUGUCUUACUGAAUUAAAUAACAUUAAGGGAAAAUGGCUUCCAACAUUGAGAAACCUUGUGGCACAAAUAAAUGAAACUUUCAGUUGUAAUUUUCAAGAGAUGGCUGUUGCUGGAGAAGUUUCACUAGAUGAGCAUGAUAUGGACUUCGAUCAAUUUGGAAUACUUAUAAAAGUUAAAUUCAGAGAAAAUGGACAGCUUCAAGUCCUGAGUGCCCAUCAUCAAUCUGGAGGGGAGCGAUCAGUUUCAACUAUCGUCUAUCUUGUUUCCCUUCAAGAUCUUACAAACUGCCCAUUUAGGGUUGUCGAUGAGAUCAACCAAGGGAUGGACCCAAUAAAUGAAAGGAAGAUGUUCCAGCAACUAGUGAGAGCAGCAAGCAAGCCAAAUACACCACAGUGUUUCUUGCUUACCCCAAAAUUGUUACCAGAUCUGCAAUAUAGUGAGGCAUGCAGUAUAUUGAAUGUGAUGAAUGGACCUUGGAUUGAGCAAUCCUCAAAGGUCUGGGCUACAGGUGAUCGAUGGAGUAUUAUCACGGGACUUGGGGAGACGCAAUGUUGAAAACACAAAGGAGUUACGCCACAAGGAACCAAAUAAACGACAAUUUCCCAGUGAACUUGUGCAUGGAAAUUUAGCCUUGGCAUAGUGAAUUGGACCUUUAAUCUUGUAAAUCGGACUAUGAUAUUCAUUAGUGUGUUUAUGUAUACUUUAGGCUAGAUUGACAACCUCUUUGUUCUUCUCACUAUCAUUUAUGGACUAUUGCGAUAAGGUAUCCCUUUUCUUUACGCUACCUUAUGUUACUUAGACUUGGAUGGAGGCCUAAGGGAGUUAUAAUGGUUAGGAUGGUCCUACUUGUUGUAGGACUCUUUUCUUUUUCUUUUUGAUGUACAUUCCUACAAAAAAAAAAAAAGGCUAUAAAUUAUGUUUGUAUCAUAAGUCUACAGAACAAAAUAAUGUAAUAUAUAUGGAAUACAAUGUAUUUUGAGAUAUCUUUAGUAAGAAUGCAUGGUAUUAAUUACG